AUGGCUUUGAAUGCUCCCGCUGGUUCACCGCUUCUUCCUCUCAAAAUGGUACUCAUUAAAAUAUGGGUACGAAAAUCUCAAGAGGUUGAAAGCUGGGAAGAAUCCUCACAAUCAACCAAUAAUAAACCCAACUCUGCAUGA